AUUCAGUAGCUGGUUGAGGUUUACCAUAAACAAAUCAACAUGCGUUUUCUAGUAGUUUUGGCCGCUUUGGUGGCCGUGUGUGCCGCCGGCACUUUGCAGCCAUCCCAUCCCAUCGAGCAGCGUCUGCUGCAAUUUGCCGAUGAGAAUGGCGACAUUGAGUUAUUUGCUGAGCCCGAAGAUGGUCUGGUUGAAGUUGCUCCCCAGUUUAUUGUGUCGUGGCAGGCACGUCGCAUGAUCCGCAAACUGCAAAAGCAAAUGGUCUGCGGCUGGCCCGGUUUGGGUAUUCCUCCAUUGGCCCCACUUAGAAUCAAUGAGGCGAACUUGGACCUGAAGAAGGGCAUCUUUGAGACCAUCAACCAUGUGUUCCGUCUUAAGAUCGAGGGUCUGGAUGACUUCAAGAUCAGCAAGUUCAAAUUGAAUGUGAUCACAUCAAAGAUCACCUUUGAUUUCCUGUUCAACAACAUCGAUACCACCGCCCAGAAGUACGAGACUGAUACUCUGAUCGAUGCGCUGCGUCAGCUGGGUCUUUCUGUCGAGUAUGAGGGCUCUGGCUCUUUGCUCUUCGAUCUGAUCAAUUUGCGUAUUAGCGGUGUGUUGAAGUACAAGCUGCCCGUGCUGUGGGGCUCGGCCAAGAUUACGUCGCUGAAGACAACCAUUGGAUUGGAUGCCGUCGAGUCGGACAUCACCGGUUUCAUGGGCAAUGGCAAGAUCAAUGGCGCCAUCAAUCGCCAGCUGGAGAAAACUGUGGUUGCGGCGAUCAACAACAAUCAGGAUAGCAUCUCAGAUCUUAUUGAGGAUACGAUUGUGCCACGCGUCAACAAGAUGCUUAAGGGCAAGGACUUCUGGACAUUGGUUGAUCUGAUCUUGGCCAGCAGCGAUGGCGAAAGUGAGGAUGACCCAAUUGUCGUAGACUGUGUGGCACCAGCUGAUCCAUGGGCUUAAGUACAAACAAUGAUUUACUUAAUAAAGUCCAACGAGUUUUUUCACUAGAAA